AUGCAUGAGGAGGCCACGCCGGCGGAGGACGUCAAACUCUGGCUGAUCCUGGUGGGAAAGUCCGGAGGCGGGAAGAGCGCCACAGGCAACACCAUCCUCGGCCGGCCGGUGUUUGAGUCCAUCCUGCAGCCAAACACCACCACCCUGAAGUGCGAAAGGGGAAUCAGCUACCAGUUCAGGCAGCUAUGUCUAACCCUCGUGUUUUUCGAUGUCGCCGCCGACAGACAGCCCCUCGGGCGCAUCACCUUUGAGCUGUUUGCAGACACAGUUCCAAAGACAGCAGAAAAUGUCCGUGUGUUGAGCACUGGAGAGAAAGGUUUCGGUUACAAGGGAUCGUGGUUUCACAAAAUCAUUCCUGGAUUCAUGUGUCAGGGUGGUGACUUUACCCACCAUAAUGGAACAGGCGGUAAAUCUAUUUACGGCGAGCAGUUUGCCGAUGAGAACUUCAUUCUCAAGCACACAGGCCCUGGCAUUCUAUCUAUGGCGAAUGUUGGUCCCAAUACAAAUGAGUCUCAUUUCUUCAUCUGCACUGAGCAAACUGAAUGGUUGGAUGGGAAACACGUGGUCUUUGGCCAAGUCAGAGAGGGAAUGGACAUUGUGAGGAAAAUAGAGAGUUUUGGCUCAAAGAAUGGCAAACCAAGCAAGAAGAUCGUCAUCUUUGAUUGCGGAGAUCUGAAAUAACA